AUGGAACCACCCUUUUUGGUUCGUACUAAAACAAAAGAAGAGAUAGAGCAAAGGAGACAGAAAUACAAGGAGCAACAGGACAACAGACACAAGAGAGGGCCUUAUAGCUACCUAGGACAGCUCUAUUCCAAAUAUUCGACUUCAUAUUUGCUAGAAAAUAAAUCUGCUACAGCUAGAGAUCAUCUAGCAAACGAGCGUACCUUCCUAGCCUGGUUAAGAACAUCGCUAUCACUUAUUACCGUCGGCGUAGCCAUAACUCAACUAUACCAUCUAUCCCCCGAAUCAAUGACAAAUCGUUAUACAAAAGCUGGUAAAUCAGUAGGAGCUACAUUUGUCGUGUUUAGUAUCGUAUUCCUAUACUUUGCCAAUGCUCGUUAUUUUCAUACACAAAUUGCUCUCACUAAGGGACAAUUCCCUGCUAGUAGAGGAGCCGUCAUAUUUGGAUCUACUUGUAUAUUAGCCGUCUUAAUAGCCAUGUUUGUUAUCAUCCUGUUAGAUUUAAACUAA